UACGUAGUAAGAGAGCUUUAAAGGCACUCGCUUUGCGGCAUCAAGAAUUACCUAUAUGUAUUAUAACACACUUGGAGGAUAACGAAUGGUGGCAAACGAUUGAAGAACUAGAAUCACAUUUGUUUCUAUUUAUGGCGAUACUCAAUCACCUACAACGUGAUGUUGCACGGUUAUCAGAUGUUCUUCAUGCAUUUGCUUAUUUCAUGCAGUUAUAUAAGGAUCGCGAAGACAGUUUUAGCAAAAAUAUGGUCCAACGUCUAGAGUCUCGAUGGAAACAAUGGGAACAGCCAUUGCUUAUUCUGUCUUUCUUCCUUUAUCCCAAGUACCGUAACAGUGUCUUUAAUAAAUUCUCAAAAUUCAUCAACAAAGACUAUCCAUUUGAUGAUGAUAUGUUCUCAAACUUCAAUGACAUUCAAGAAUAUUGGAAGUUUAUGACAGGAGCAACAAAAGAAUUAAGUAUUCUUGCAGCUUUAUACAUUCAGUACGACGAAACCGAUUGCAGGUAUAAAAGAGUCUCUUGGGAAAGUAUUUUCAAUGGUAUAGAUGUGUAUUGA